AUGAGAAGGUUGAGAGGGAAGGGAAGAUCCAGGCUUCGAAACCUCACAUGGGUUUGUUUUUCUGUGUUGUGUAGUCGAAGGAUUUGCUUCUGUGCGCUAGGAUUUGAGCCGGGUUUGCAGAAUGGGAGAGUUAAGAAUGAGUUUCUUGAUGGGGUGCGUAAGGUGGAGGAGUUUCUCAACGAUCCUUGGGGAAUUAGGGUUAGAGAUGGAAAGGGAGCGACGGUUCAGGUCUGGGUUCCGAAGGUUGCGCCGCCUCCCCCACCAGUGCAGCCUGUUGGGGUUGUUGGUGAGGCGUUUAUUAGUGGAGCUGAUGCGGUCGAUGAAAUGGCGGCGGCGAUGUCGGCUCAGACUAAGCGUAUUGCGCUUCAGCGUAAGGCUGCUGCUGCUAUGAUUGCUGCUGAGGACUAUGCCAGGCGGUUUGAAUCUGGGAGUUUAGUGGAUGCCUCCGGUAGUCUCGUGGGGGAAGAGCAGGGGCAGUCGAAUGUGAAUGUAAUGUGUAGAAUAUGUUUUGUUGGUGAAAAUGAAUCUAGUGAGAGAACACGGAGGAUGCUUUCGUGCAAAACUUGUGGCAAAAAGUACCAUCGCAGCUGCUUGAAAUCCUGGGCUCAACAUAGGGAUCUAUUUCACUGGAGUUCGUGGACUUGCCCUUCCUGCCGAGCGUGCGAGGUAUGCAGAAGAACUGGCGAUCCAAAUAAAUUUAUGUUCUGCAAAAGAUGUGAUGGUGCUUACCAUUGUUACUGCCAGCAUCCUCCUCACAAGAACGUUAGUUCUGGACCUUAUUUGUGUCCAAAGCAUACGAGAUGCCACAGCUGUGAGUCUAAUGUUCCAGGAAACGGCCAAAGUGUGAGGUGGUUUCUGGGAUAUACAUUUUGUGAUGCAUGUGGUAGAUUAUUUGUAAAGGGGAACUACUGCCCUGUGUGUUUGAAGGUUUAUAGAGAUUCCGAAUCUACUCCGAUGGUUUGCUGUGACGUUUGCCAGCGCUGGGUGCACUGCCAUUGUGAUAGUAUCAGCGAUGAAAAAUAUUUACAGUUUCAAAUAGAUGGGAAUCUCCAGUACAAAUGCACGGCGUGUCGUGGAGAAUGUUAUCAGGUAAAGAAUCUUGACGACGCCGUUCAAGAGAUUUGGAGAAGAAAGGAUGAAGCGGAUCGUGAUCUAAUCGUUAGCUUGAGGGCUGCUGCUGGAUUACCCACUCAAGAAGAAAUAUUUUCCAUUUCACCUUAUUCAGACGACGAAGAAAACGGUCCUGCGGUUAGUAAGAAUGAGUUUGGACGUUCAUUCAAACUAUCUCUGAAGGGGUUAGUUGACAAAACGCCCAAAAAGAGCAAGGAUUAUGGGAAAAAAUCAUCGAAUAAAAAAUACGCGAAAGAAAAAGCUUCUCGGAUUCCUUUGGCUAAUGCAUCUGAACUAGAUCAGAGUUUGGAAGGGCGUAAUGAGAAGACUGGUGGUUUGCAACCCGAAAAUAAUGAAGGACCUGACUCGUAUUCGUCUCCGGUUGCUGGGAGUGUUAGCCACAAUGAAGGGAUGUGCUCGAUUAAUCAACCAGGGGUGUUAAAACACAAGUUUGUGGAGGAGGUGAUGGUAAGUGAUGAAGAAAGGACCUCAAAAGUCGUUCAAAUCAAGGCGAGGAAGGGUGACGGUGUCGAUACUGGAGAAGAUUCAGGAAAAUAUGCGAGUAAGUCGAAGACGGCUAAAGGAAAGAAGCUAGUAAUAAACUUAGGCGCACGGAAAAUUAACGUUGCGAGUUCCCCGAAGUUUGAUGCUUCAAGUUGCCAAAGAGAACAAGAUUUGGUGUCCUCAAAUGGAGACAAAGUCGAUAACUCGAGCCAAUCAACACGGCCGAAAGCUGGGGAAACAGAGAAGAGCCUUCCUAGCUUCGGAAAAGUUAGAUUUGGAUGUUCGGACACGAAUUCUGCGUUUGGCAGAGGAAACACUAGUGGCUCUGAACUUGGUCCUCCGAAUGGCACUCGCGUAUUUUCUCGUAAGAGAAACGUGGAAGGAAACACACCUGCAGUUCGUUCUGACGUUUCCACGGUAAAAGAAGAGAAGGUACCUCCAGGGAAACAACUCGAGAGUGGAUCCCAUAUAUGCAACGAUGGACACGACGAUAAUGGUCAGACAGCUUUACCACAGUCGUCUUUGCCCAGGGACUCGAAACCUUUGUUGAAGUUCAAAUUUAAGAAACCUCCCCUCGAAAAUCAAAUUUCUUGUCACGAGGAAGAAAAAAGUUCUGUCAAAGGGCAACGGUCGAAACGAAAAAGACCAUCGCCCUUAAUGGAGAAAAUAUCGUUCAACGAAGUCGAAGACUUGGCUCGGUCUCAUCAAGAUAAUUUAUUGGAUGAGAUCAUGGACGCUAAUUGGAUUCUCAAAAAAUUGGGUAAAGAUGCAAUAGGAAAGAGGGUUGAAGUUCAACACCCAACAGACAAGUCAUGGCAGAAAGGAGUGGUUUGUGACAUGAUCGAUGGUACGUCGACGUUAUCGGUCACCCUCGAUGAUGAUAGAGUAAAAACAUUGGAACUCGGGAAGCAAGGAAUUCGCCUCGUUCCUCUUAAGCAAAAGAGGUCGAAAUCAUGAAGGUGAAACCUGUCUGGCCCCCUUAAUUAUACCUACCAUGUUGGGGUUUUCUUUCCCAGUGUAUAUGCAGCGUGUAUGGGUACGGAGACGAUUCUUUCGAGGGCUCGAAGGAGAGAGCGAACUCGAGCAUUUCAUGGAGGCCGAUCCUGGCUGGGUAGGCAGUCUCUUCGAAUCAGUUCUCCCUUAUAGUUGUUGUUUUUAAGCUCUCUGUCAUUUUGCUAAGAUUAUAAAGCUUAAGUUUAAGUUUUAGGAUACCAUUGUGAUAGAAUAGGGAAUGAAUGGACGGACUCUUGUUCAGUGAAACGACCUAGUAGUAGUAGUUGUUGAUCGAUCCAUCGUGAAAAUGGGGACGAUCUAGAGACACAUUUUAUCUAAAAUUUUAAAAUGUCAACAUGAGCAUAGCUCAAUUAAUUACGA